GCUCAUAUUUAUGCCCUAUAGGCCGAUUCAACGGUUACAACGACAACGCCAACCAUGGAGGAUUCAGAACUUCCUGUUUCGGGUUCACUAACAACUACCAUUAAAACAGCAGCCAGCACCAGCAGUAAUGAUAGCAAGCCGCAAAUCUUGUCCAACAUUGUUAUCAACGGAAGUAACAAUUCGGCCAUUAAUCCGAUGGUUAAAAAAGAAUUGCAGAAAGUUCUCGCAAGUAACCUGAGUAAGCAAAAUGUGAUACGGAUACAACCGCAGCAGCUGCUACCAUGCCCGCAAGCACAACCGAUGCAUGUGGAUGAGCAACAAUCGGAGCAGCCGAACCAACCACUGACAGAGGAAGCUGAUCCCGUGAAGGACGAAAAUGUGCCCGAAGGGGAUCCUAAAAUAAUCGACGGAAAGGAUGACUCGUUUGUCUUGACGCCGGAUUACAUUCAACAAACAAUCAAGAACGCCUUGAAGCAAGAGAACCUUAACCCAGAAAUAGAGGAAAAAUUGCUUAACCUGCAGCGGUAUCAAGAAAAGCAAAUGAAAACGGAUGAUCGAUCCGCAGCCAUCGCCCUUCAGCACAAUUACAGCAACUUGAGUUCGAACAGAGAACAUCAUCACAGCACACCAGUCAAGUCAAAGAAGCGACCCCACCGUGGCGAGGACGAUGAUGAUGAAUGGAUGAUGGAUACACCGAAGCGACGACCGACCAAAUCCGGUGGAAGCUCUCUUAGUUCUGUCGAGCGAAAAGUUCACCAGGGUGCUUCCAGGGAUGGUGAUGCACCCAGUUCCGCUAAGAAGCGGACGAUCUCUCAAAAUGAUUCUACGGCGGCAGCUGCUGCUGCAGCAGCUGCGGCAGUGUUAGCUUCUGUUAGUGCUGAGUGUGCGGCGGCGAAGGAGAUGUCAGUUCCGCUGGAAAGCACGGCUACUCCUAUUCCCAAUGCUCGCUCGGAAGCUGCUCGCAGGAGCAACGAGAAGCGCAAACAGCAGCAAGCUUUGUUGCAGCAACAACAGCGGCAGAACAAGUUGCAGGCUCAACUGAACCGCCACAAAGAACAACUGAAGAAAGACAUUCUCAAGAAGCGAUCUCAUCUCGAACGGGAAUUACAGGUACAAAUUCAGAAGGAGCUGUCCGCUGAACUAGCAGCAAGGUGCAAAUCGGAACAGCAACAGGCUAAGCAGGAACACAGUGGGAAGCAGCAUUCGGCGGCGGCGACUGCAUCAACGCCCGCCGAGAAAGGUGCCCAAAGUAAGAAGAGAUCAUCGGCAUCCGCCUCGAAGGAGAAUCAGAAAACAACAGCAAAGCAUGCACAAGGCUCGAGCAAGGCAGAGAAGCCGUCCAAAUCGAGCGCCAAGAAAGGAUCCAGAAAGAAAGAGAAAAUUUUAUGCCUCUGUCGAACGCCGUACGACGACACCAAGUUCUACGUUGGUUGUGACCUGUGCCAUAAUUGGUUCCACGGGGACUGCGUGGGCAUCUCCGAAGAGCAGUCGAAGGAGAUUGACGAGUUCGUGUGUAGUGAGUGCAAGCAUGCUCGGGAGACACAAGAAUUGUAUUGUCUAUGCAAGCAACCGUACGACGAAUCCCAAUUCUACAUAUGCUGUGAUAAAUGCCAGGACUGGUUCCACGGGCGUUGCGUGGGAAUCCUGCAGAGUGAAGCAGAGUACAUUGAUGAGUACAUUUGCCCCAACUGUCAGAUCAACAAUUCGGUCAAUUUUGCUAACAUGAAAUCGUUAAGUGUAAAAGAGUUUGACAAUUUGAAAAAGUUGAUCAAGCAAAUCCAGCAUCAUAAAAGCGCAUGGCCUUUCAUGGAACCGGUUGAUCCGGACGAAGCACCUGACUAUUAUCGUGUAAUCAAGGAACCGAUGGAUCUCCAAAAAGUGGAAAAUAAAGUGAAUAGCAAAACCUACAACACCCUGUCGGAGUUUAUCGGUGAUAUGACCAAAAUAUUCGACAACUGCCGAUACUACAAUCCAAAAGAGUCGCAGUUCUAUCGGUGUGCCGAGAGUUUAGAGUCGUUCUUUGUGCAAAAGAUUAAGUUUUUCCGGGAAAAUUUGGUGGAGAAGAAAUCGGCCGGAACGAGGUUCUUACGUCGACCACGGUGUAGGAAGAUGAAGGAAGCGAUAGAGUUGGAAUUCGGCUUUUUCCAAGCACAAUAAAGUUUGAAGGUUUUUCUUUUCUAUUUGAUUAAUCAUUGUACCUUUGUAACUAUUCCACACACUGAGGCAAUACAUAGCAAACUGUAUAGAUUUCCUAAGUAGGUAUCAGUUUUUUCAUCUUAAUCUCUAUUUAUAGUUCUAGAUGGAUAUAUUUUUAGAAUUAAACCAAACAAGUUUCUGUAGAGCCGUUCACGAAUUUCAACUGUACAUAAGCAAUGCUAUUGUGAAAUAUAAUCGAGCUAUGAAUUAUAAUCCCAACCGUCAUCGGGGAAUCCCUGUUCCUUGCUGAAGGAGGUGUGUAAAUAAAUUCAUUGGAAAUAAAAUGUACAGUUCUCCAAAUGCCUUCUCCAAACACACGACAAAUAUUCACACUCUUUCAUUGGAAUGGAAUGCAGAUAAAUUGUUAUCACUUUCUUCAUAUUAUGUUUGACUUAGUGCUACAUGUAUCUAUGCUUUUCCUCCAAAAAAUGUAAAUACUAGAUUAUAAAAAUUGAUUGUUGUUAAAAGUUGUUGAAGAAAUAACACUUAUUUAGAAAAGUGCACAUUUUUAUCAGUCAAUGAAUUCUCUCACGCAUGUUUUUAAUCACUGAUAGUUCAGAACUGUGAAAGUACAAGAUAUUUUGUACAUUUUUCCUGUUUUAACCAUUCGAAAUUUGUAUAUGGGAUGAAGGGGUUUUCUUGUGUUUAGGCUUGUAUUGCGAUAUUUUCGAUUUUGUAACAUAAGAUCUUCACUAGUGUCGUAAGUGUAGUUACUAUAGGAAUAGGAAAUCGUAGUCUCGCGGUAUGCUCUUAUUGUAAAUGGGAGCAUUCACGCUAUAAGAAACUAGCUGUACUAAAAGUUAUAAUUAUAAGCAAAAACACAAAAUACAUUUUUUAUUGUAUACAUAUUUGCAGAAAUAAAAUAAAUUUAUUUUCGAAAAGUA